AAGGGUGGAAGAGGGGGGACCAACCCUGGGCACAACAUGCCCAGUGGUUUGACCGGUGCCCAUUUUUGGCCCAAGCAAAGGGCAAAAUUUACGUAAAAAAGAUGUGGAAAGAAGCUCGCGGCAUUCCCACGAUCGCCCGCUGUGUCAAUGUCGCGAGCUUCUGGGAGGACAACUUGUGACCACAGGUGCAUUCGGGUACCAACCAUGAGUGGAUGUACAACAUGAUGGACCUGAGAUUAUUUCCCACAGAAUAAUUCUAGUGUUGUAGACCAAUAACUAAAGGUAAAAAGAGCGAUUUAAAAACUCAAUUACUUCUAAAACUACAAGAACAUUCGAAUUAUAUCACAAUUUCAGGUGCAGCGACAGUUGACAUACCUACGACCCGGCCGGCCAUAGCGAUAAAGGUCGCCAUUGACGGUCAAUUAUUCUCACGUUUCUGAAAAGCAAACGGCAGUACCCACGCGGCAUACUAUACAAGUCAUGUACGCAGUGACCAACACACGAUCAAUUAUAGUCGUGGGUGCUACAGAAACGUGAGAAUAAUUGACCGUUUGUGGCUAGCAUGCGAGACCGGUUUUUAAACAAUGGAGGAGCGUGAGCUCCGUAUUGUUUUGCCUAGUUUCAAAUAAAGUAAUAGUUUUUUUUUGUAAUUUUUUAAAUGAGUUUGCAUUUUUAGUGUUUUUAUAAUGUCUGAAACAACUUUAAAGGAGCUCAAAGUAAAACAAAGCUCAAUUAAAGGAAGAUUGACUACAUUCCGAAUUUUUUUACAUAGUUAUGAGUAUAAAGUCCCUAAGUGAAGUAGAAAUAACAAAAUUAACUAUACAUUUAGGAGUUGCAAGGUCAGGUUGAGGUUCUAAUUGCUUCUGAGAUGGACGAUGAGCUUGAGGAACGUGAUUCAAUUGGACUAGUGUUUGGCACCUUAGUUUUCACGGGUCAGCAGUAUCAAACAAAACAUAGUCGGGGAAACGUUACUGACGUUAACAGUUCUUCCUCAGUUUCAAUAAACACAUUAUCAUAUAAUAAACAUUAUUAGCAAGUGCCAUUUAUCGAUAGAUACGGAAUGCAUUGCCGGUCACAUCCCUAUUGCUCCGUCGCUGACGACUCGUGUAUUAUCGUGCCUUUUGGCUAGCGCUGUGAGGUUCGACGCUUUCGCCCGGCUUGUGUAUCUACAUUGUAUGCAAUAAUUAUUACCGUAUACCUUCUUUUUAUAAUUUAUUUUCUAUUAAAAACCGGAUAUUAUAAUUUAUUUCCAAGUAAAAUAUACUAUCGACCUGCUUAUAAAUUAUAAUUUAUAAAUAAUAAAGGCCCAUUUUGGGACAUGUCCUAUGCUAUCUCAAUUCGUAUGUGGAAGGUGAGUCUGCACUAACACGAAUACAACUAUUUAACAUCGAUUAUAUAGAGACAGUUUUUAUAAUCGCAUUAGAUCGUUGAUCAUAUACUUUGACAGAAAAGUAACAUCUAGCGAGGUCCUAUACAAUAAUUGGUCUGAGGAUUUAAUACAAUUUAUAAUUUGUUUUCCAGUUGGACGACGCCAAAAUAUAAAUAGUAAGUAAUGAUUUAUUAUUCUAAAUGCAGAAAGUAAUGGUAAUUUAAACAUUCAAGAUGUCUCAUGAUGUAUUUGUAAGUGUAAAAUUGUAAAUUGUCAGUUUGAAACAAACAUAUAUAUUUUAUCCAGUUUGGGUUGAAUGUUAUGGGAAUUGACUUGAUAAAUACAUAUUUAGAGAUACUUUUACUUAAUUACGUAAAUAUUUGUAAGUUAUGUUGUUGGAUAGAAGCAGGCGUUACUUUGCGGAAGUUCAUAAUGAAUUUAAAAUAUGUACGUUUCACUCCGAAACAGUGUGUUGUUUUCAGUUUUUAUGAAUGUUCGCGGAUCAUGAACUUUCACAAACGCUAGUCUCUCGCGUCGGCUAGUGUAGGUGCGUUAAUGCCGGGUUUUAUUAAAUUUUUAUUUAAUUUAAUUGUUUUCAGAUGCACCGCGAAGAAAGCCGGCGGGAGGUCAUGCCAGCGAUGCGCGAUGAGCGCGACAUCGGUCGGCCCGUCGCGCUCCCGCCCAGAAACGAACAAUAUGUGAAUAAAAAUGCCCGCCUCAGGAGCUUCGAAGGCUGGCCGCAAAACAUGCGCCAGACGCCGGAGGAGCUUGCUUAGGCAGGCUUUUUUAUACUGGAAAGGAGGACGCAGUUUUGUGCUUCCACUGCAAUGGGGGGUUAAAAGGGUGAAAGAGGGGGGACUAACCCUGGGCACAACAUGCCCAGUGGUUUGACCGGUGCCCAUUUUUGGCAAAGGGCAAAAUUUACGUGAAAAGCCGCGUACUGACUGAGCGAGCAGCCUCGCGAGGCAGCCGCGCGAGGCAAAUCCUCGGUCGGUCAAGACGCGCCUCGGCCGAGGCAAACGCACGCGCUGCCUCGCCCGAGCGUGCCGCGACCCGAGCCAAACGUUGUCGGUUUUUGUCCAUGCUCAAAGGCGCCUCAGUACGUUUGCCGCGCGCACUCAAGACGGUCGUGUUUUGCCUCGCUUGUUCGACGAAUACGGAAUAGAGAACAUAAGUAUAAUUAUAUUAUCAUGAAUAGAGAACAGUGUCUCAAAUUAAUACAUUUAUAUGGAGAAUAUAAACUACUUUGGGAUGCGCAAUGUCCUAAUUAUACCAACAGAGGACUAAGAGAAGAUGCGUGGAAUAACAUAAAUCGUGAAAUGAACAUUCCAAUAAUGGAUUUAAAAAAAAAGAUGGAGUCUUUGCUAGGAUCCUAUAGGAGGGAAAGGUCACGUGAAAAGAAAAGCCGUAUCACAGGAUCAGGUAUGUUUAUGUUUAUUAUUAUGUUUUCGUACAGUCAUUACAUAUUUAUAGUCAGUCGUACAAAUUUAAUUAAUUUAUUAUUUAUUACAGGUCGUGGUGACAUAUAUAAAUCAAAUUGGUACGCCUAUGAAGCUUUCAGCUUCCUGGGAGAUAGAAACCAUCCAGGAAAUACUCAAGAUACUUUACCUGAAGACAAUGCAUGUCACAGUGAAAUUCAAAAUGAUGGAAGUCAAAGUAAAACUCGAAAUGAUGGCAGUGAAAAUGAAACUCAAAAUAGUGGCAGUCAAAGUGAAACUCAAAAUCAAGUCGGUAAUGAAAAUACAGUUAAAGAAACCAGAAAUGAAUAUACGAGAGCAAAGAAGAGAACUAAAAGAACUGAGCCAAAUGAUUUAACUGAUAAUGCUAUAUCAGAAGCCUUAACACUAUUACAACAGUGUGCAAGUGAUAGUGCUGCUUCGGAAAAACAUGACUCCUACGAUGUUUAUGGGCAAUAUGUCGCAAAUGAGUUGCGAAAAUAUGACGCUUUUACUUUAGCACAUGUAAAGCAUGCUAUAAAUAAAAUUAUUUUCGAAGCGGACAUGGGAGCAUACCCAUCAUACACUGGUUAUUAUACUCAAUCAUACAGUGGGCUAAACAGUUCCAAUAAUACGUCUUGUCUUUCUUCCUCACCGAUGCCUCCUCAAUCACCGAUGCCUCCUCAAUCACAGAUGCCUCCUACCUCACCGAUGCCUCCUACCUCACCGAUGCCUCCUACCCCACCGAUCCCUCCUACCUCACCGAUGCCCCCUCCGCCUCCUCAUCCUCAUUGUUAGAUAAGUACUUGUUUAAUUAAGCGUUUCAUAUUAAUUGUCUUUUUGUCUAUUUGUCAUGUUGUAAUAAUUAAUAAAAAUGUACGAAAAAUGGAAUAAAA